CAGAGGAGGUGUUUUAGCGGGGACCGCGAUCCACCCUGGAGUCGCGCUGGGCGGGUAGGAACGCUGGCGCUGCGAGGACGCCACGGAGUCCCCGCCAGCGCUGGGCUCUUGGAGCCGGGAGUCUGCACGCCUCACCUGAUCUUCCUGAUGUCGCCGUUCGGUUGCUGAUACCUGCAUCCUCUGCCCGCAUCGACGUGGGACCGCGAAGGUCCCGGCAGAGGCAGAGCGAGAAUGGAGAUAAAUUGUUUAACACUAAAAGACCUGAUCAGCCCCAAGCAGGCCAGACUAGAGUUGGGAAUUGAAGAUGGGGAAAAUGCACAAAAGGAAAAUAUAUUUGUUGAUCGAUUAAGGAUGGCCCCAAAGACUCCAAUAAAAAAUGAACCAAUUGAUUUAUCAAAGCAAAAAAUCUUCACUCCUGAAAGAAAUCCCAUUACUCCGGUGAAGCUUGUUGACAGACAGCAGACAGAACCGUGGACCCCCACAGCCAACCUGAAGAUGCUUAUCAGUGCCGCCAGCCCAGACAUAAGAGACCGAGAGAAGAAAAAGGGGCUCUUCAGACCCAUUGAAAACAAGGAUGACGCAUUUACAGACUCUCUGCAGCUUGAUGUUGUUGGGGACAGUGCUGUGGACGAAUAUGAAAAGCAGAGGCCAAGCAGAAAACAGAAAAGUUUAGGACUGCUCUGCCAGAAGUUUCUAGCUCGUUAUCCAAGUUACCCCUUGUCAACUGAGAAAACUACCAUCUCCCUAGAUGAAGUUGCUGUCAGUCUUGGUGUGGAAAGAAGACGCAUCUAUGACAUUGUAAAUGUGCUGGAGUCCCUGCAUCUGGUUAGCCGGGUGGCCAAGAAUCAGUAUGGCUGGCAUGGACGGCACAGCCUCCCGAAAACCCUAAGAGCCCUUAGGAGACUAGGAGAAGAGCAAAAAUACGAAGAGCAGAUGGCCCACCUACAACAGAAAGAGUUAGACCUGAUGGAUUACAAGUUUGGAGAGCAUAGAAAAAAUGGCUAUCCAAACUCCCAAGAUCACCAGUUACUGGAUUUCUCUGAACCCGACUAUUCCUCCUCAUCUGCAAACAGUAGAAAAGAUAAGUCUCUGAGAAUUAUGAGCCAGAAGUUUGUCAUGCUAUUCCUCGUCUCCAAAACCAAGAUUGUUACUUUGGAUGUAGCUGCUAAAAUAUUGAUAGAAGAAAGCCAAGAUACCCCAGACCAUAGUAAAUUUAAAACAAAGGUACGACGCCUCUAUGACAUAGCCAAUGUUCUGACCAGCUUGGCUUUGAUAAAGAAAGUGCAUGUAACAGAAGAACGAGGUCGAAAGCCAGCCUUCAAGUGGAUCGGACCUGUGGACUUCGGCUCCAGUGAUGAUGAACUGGUGGAUAUUUCUACAUCUGUCUUACCAGAAUUGAAAAGAGAAGCAUACAGCAAAGUUCAAGUCUGUGCGAAACAGAGGCUGUCUCGUUAUGGUUCCUUUAACACAGUUCAGACUUCUGAGAGGAUAGAGAGGAAAGUGAUCUCAGAACCCAGCAGCCCAUACAGAGAGGAACAAGGAUCAGGGGGUUAUUCCUUAGAAAUUGGAAGUCUAGCUGCUGUCUACAGGCAGAAAAUAGAAGACAAUUUACAGGAAAGAAAUUCUGCCAGUAAGAGAGUAGUACCUACAGCAGGCAGCUCGAACACCAGCCUCCCCUUUGACUCUGACUACUGUGUUAAUCCUUUGGCCCAUCAAGUACUUUCGGUUGCCCAAACAGACUUGCCCGCACUCUCCAUGCAGAACAGUCUCAGCGGAGCAGUAGGUGUCUCCCUUGCUCCCAUGUCCUCUGACGGGGAGAGUGUGAAGCCAGCCAUGCUUGCCGGCCAGCCCCUGAUGUACGUGCCCUCCACCUCACUGUUCAUGCUGUGUGCGAGCCUGCGGGAAGGACCAUCUCCAGAGUCAGGACUGGAGAGGGACAGCAGAAGCUCGGAGGUCCCCGGCACAACAGAGCUGCCAUUGACACCUUCCAGUCAAAAGCGCCUCUGUGAGCACAGGAAGGCCUUCGAGGAGCAUGAGCCUGCCACUAAAAGACAAAGUCAGGACCUCGAAGACAGCCCCUUAUCGCUAGUCAUGCCCAAGAAGCCUUCAGAUUCCUCAGACCUUGCCUCUGCCAAGACUAUGGGAAGCAGGAGCUCUGCAUCCCUGGAAGACAUUCAUGUGAAUGGUCCAUACCCUGCAGCAGAGGAGCGUUCUAGAAAUGCUACAGCAAACUGCUUCAUUCCUUCUGAGUGUGGAAAUCCUUCAAGAAAUGCAGAUACUGAAAAACUUUCAAGAGAAAAUGAAAGCACCAAAGAACCAUCUUUGAUGCAGUAUCUUUAUGUGCAGUCUCCAUCUGGAUUAAAUGGUUUCAAUGUGCUCUUCUCUGGCAGUCAAAUCCCCCACACUGUGGGACCAUCCUCAGGUCAGCCGCCACCCUUCAGUGUUCCGUGCAUGGUCUUACCGUCUCCGCCUCUGGGCCCUUUUCCUGUCAUCUAUUCUGCAAUGCCCGGGCCGAUUUCUUCAGCGCCUGGCACGCUCCCAAACACAGGACCUGUGAAUUUCAACUUGCCUGGCCUUGGAUCUACAGCUCAUCUUCUUGUCAGUCCUGCAGCCAUGAUUAAUCCAAAGUUAUCCACACUCCAUUCUGCAGACCCUCAGCUGCAGGGUCAGCCCUCAUGGAACCUGAGUCCUGUGACGGCAAGGUCGCACAAUGUCAUCCAACCCGAGUCUCCUGUGUACAUGGGACACCCAGUGUCAGUUGUGAAAUUAGAACAGUCACCUGUUCCAGUGACACCCAAGAGUAUGCGAUGCAGACACCGAGAGACAUUUUUCAAGACACCUGGCAGCCUUGGAGACCCUGUCCUUAGGAGAAGAGAAAGGAGUCAGUCGCGAAACACCAGCUCAGCCCAGAGGAGACUAGAAAUCCCCAGCAGUGGGCCUGACUAGACAGAUGCUUUGGCAGGUGGGGUGGGAUUAAACCACCUGAAUUUCCCUGUGUCACAGGCAGUGUCCUAAGUGGAACAUAAUCAUCAUCAGUCCUCAGCUCGUGUCCUUGCUCUUUCUUUUGUCCACUGGUUCUGUUAUCUUCCCAACGUCAUGGAUCAUCUGUGUUCCUGAAAGUAGUUCUUAACUAAUUGUGCGUGUCGUGCCAGGCAGAGUAAGGCUCUGCAUGGUGUCACAGUGAAAGCACUGGCUGACUAAUGUGGUUUGAUUCAAGAAUCAUCUGAUUCCUGGACGUAGAUCUGAACAGGCUACUGGGGCCUUGUGGUUUUCCUGAAGGGGGCGCUAUCUAGCACUUAAGCAGGGUAAGCACUCUUGAUAUGUAUUUCCACUUGCCCUGAGUAAAUCUGUGGUGAGAGAACUUUCUGCAGUUUAAAAAGCUACUGCUUCUUUAGGCUUCAUCGGGAAGCCACCUUCAGUUAUGAAUCCUAUGGUAUUAUUUAUUUUGUUCCUAAAAUGGGAUUUAGUGCAAAGAGUUUACAACUACAGCCUAACACAUACUUUUCAGGGUAUGACGACUUGAAUGUUUGUACUUUUUCCUCUAAUUUGCCCCGCACUUAUUCUACAACCUAGUAAUGUGGAGGAGACAUGUAUAUGUGGCAGACGUCAAGACCAAAAUAACCGAAUGACACACCCAGCUAUAACUGAACUGUGCUAACCCGAUCCGAUCAUGAGAACUAAGGGGAAGCCUGGGCGCCUGAUGGCUGCUUCUUAGAUAACGGGACAACAAUGAGGUUUUUACUGUUCGUUUAAAAUUUCUACUGUGUUCAUUUUCCUUCAUUAUGUGGCCGAUUUUUAUUUUAAUAUUAAUUAUAGAGUAUCAGGUAUGAAUGCCUUUUAGCAAGCGUUUGUAAAAAUGAAUCAGGAUGGGAAAAAGUAAUCACAUGGAAAAUCAGAGCGUAGAUGAGACUGAAAUUCUCAAGAGUGAUGAUAUAGCAGCUGAUGUAGGUCAGUACGUGAUUUCUGCUGGGUUUCUUUCUUUUCUUAACUUCUUUAGAAGGGUAAAAGGAAAAAUGGGUGCACUGUAGAAUUCCAACCAGUUAUAUGGUAUCAUCCCCCCCCCCCCCCCAAAUAACAGUGAGUGCAGAGGCUCAUUGUUGUAGCACAAAUACAAUUCUGGAAACUUAUGCAGUGUCUCUAUAAACCAGAUUACUUUAGGGGUUCAUUAAGUAACCAAACUACUUCAUUGUUUUCUAGAUUUAUUGAUAUUUGCUUCACUCUUAUUUCUUCAAAUGGCAUCCUUCAUUCCUUCUCUGCUUCUUUUUUUUCUUCUUUCUCUUCUUUGGUAAACUUUUCUUAGAUUUAGAAUUUUAGUAUAGGGCUAUUUUUUUUUUUAUUUUUGGACCCAAUAAAAUGUUAUAUGAAAGAAUAAAAAUAUUAAUUUAAAAGACUCUGGGAGUCUGAGUAAUGUAGCUUUAUAUUAACUACAAGAUACUAUUAGCAUAUUACCCUGACAAGAUUUUUGAGAACUUGAGGUAGGUAGCCAGAUUAAAUAAAUUUGCUAUUUAUGUCAAAUUUUAUCAACACUAAACUUUUAAAGUUUACAACAUGGUAUUUUUUCCCCUUUUUUACAACCUUCUCUGAAGUUAGAUUAAGAGUGGUUUCAACCAUCAACCAUUGCAUAGUAAUGAAUAGUCUGAACUAAUACUGAUGGUCUCUUAUCAAAACAAAUGAAAAUAUGCAUUUUCAGGUAGAUUACAGGAUAAUGCAACAUAUAAAUCUGGACAAGGUACAUACAUUUUAAAUCUAUCAUGAUUAAAAACUUUCACAAAAUACCUUCACCAAGAGGCCUGUGUUUAGGUGGAAACAAAUUGGGUUUUUUUCCCCCCCUCACAGUUUCUGGAUGCUCUCUACUUGUUUGAUCUCUGUUUUUUAAUUCUGUUUGUGAUGUGACUAUCCUAAACUCAGAGAAUUCGUCCUUCUUGAGAGGUGUUAAGAAACAAUCCUGCAAAAUGAGAAUGUGACCACUUUGUGAACACACUUCGCAAGAGCCAACUAAGAAAAAUGGCUUUUCUAUUCAAUGCCUGUUUCUUAGUGUGGCUUUAAGAGAUGUAAAAAUAAUCGGUGGUUGGUUCUGUCAGGAAAAUGAUUCUCUGACAGAAUGACUGAUGAGAGUGAAGCUGCUAAGCUAGAUUUGGAUAUUUGGGUUAGGGAAGAAGCAAUGGCAAUCCUGAGUCUAUCGUUGUAUAAUUUAGUGAAAGCAAAAGAUACUUGUUGGUGAUCCUGCUAAGGAUCACUCGUGCAGCUGCGUCAGCACUGAGGGUGUGUGUGCCCUACACUGUCCAGGGUUUGUGAAACCCUUUCGUUCUGGUACAAGAGUUGGGGGUAUAACUUUUAUACUUGAAUCUACCUACCGAGUUUACAUUCUUCAAUUCCUUUUUGUAAGGUGCUAUUUCUGUAUUUAAAUAACUUUUUAAUGUAAAGCUGCUUUCCGCUUAUCCUGUUGCACUGCUAGCUUUGUGUAGGAAUUAAUUUUAUUGCUGCUUACUGCUCUAUUUUCAUAUUAUUUAGCUCUGCUCUUAUUUCUACUAGUUAUACUAUCUUUAGCCAUCUACUUGUAACUCCACUACAUGUAAACCAACUUUUUUCUUUUAGAAAAAUAUUAAGCUUUAUCAAGUAGUAAUAAAAAGUAAUGCAUUUAGUAAGAGAUGUUA